AUGCCAAGGCGCUCUAUUCUGCCCUCCAGCCACAAAUGGGACCACUAUGGACAGUGGCCAACAGCCUGGACCAUCCUGAGGAAAAUGCCAAUCAUCCUGUGGUUGCUGCUGUUGGACACUUCGCUGCCUACUGUGAGGGGCCAGACCAAAAUUCCUCUGGAAACAGUGAAGCUGUGGGCUGACACCUUCGGCAGGAACCUGUACAACACAGUGACCAGAUACUCAGGCUCUCUCUUGCUGCAGAAGAAGUACAAAGACGCAGAAUCCAGUCUGAAGAUCCAGGAGGUGGAUGGCUUGGAGCUGGUGAAGAAGUUCUCAGAGGACAUGGAGACCAUGCUUAGGAGAAAAGUCGAGGCUGUUAAGAACCUGGUGGAGGCCGCUGAGGAGGCUGACCUGAAUCAUGAGUUCAAUGCAUCUCUGGUGUUUAACUACUACAACUCGGUACUAAUCAAUGAGAAGGACGAGAAGGGCAACUAUGUGGAGCUGGGAGCCGAGUUUCUUCUGGAAUCGGAUGCACACUUCAGCAACCAGAGGGUGAAUGUCUCCAUGAGCAGUGUGCAGCUGCCUACCAACGUGUACAACAAAGACCCAGACAUUUUAAAUGGAGUCUAUAUGUCCGAGGCCCUGAACCCUGUGUUUGUGGAGAACUUCCAGAGAGACCCUACACUGACCUGGCAGUAUUUUGGCAGUUCAACUGGGUUCUUCAGGAUCUAUCCAGGAAUAAAGUGGAAACCUGAUGAAAAUGGGGUCAUCACCUUCGACUGCAGAAACCGUGGUUGGUACAUACAAGCGGCCACCUCUCCCAAAGACAUAGUGAUUCUGGUGGACAUGAGUGGGAGCAUGAAGGGGCUGAGGAUGGCUAUCGCCAAGCACACCAUCACAACCAUUUUGGACACCUUGGGGGAAAAUGACUUCGUGAAUAUCAUUGCGUACAAUGACUACGUCCACUACAUUGAGCCCUGCUUCAAAGGCAUCCUCGUCCAAGCAGACCGAGACAACCGAGAGCAUUUCAAGCAGUUGGUGGAUGAACUGAUGGUCAAAGGCGUGGGUGUUGUGAGUCAAGCCCUAAUUGAGGCUUUUGAAAUCCUGAAUCAGUUCCAAGAGUCCAGACAAGGAAGUCUCUGCAACCAGGCCAUCAUGCUUAUCACCGACGGGGCUGUGGAAGACUAUGAGCCUGUGUUUGAAAAGUAUAACUGGCCAGACCGCAAGGUCCGAGUUUUCACUUACCUUAUUGGAAGAGAAGUGACUUUUGCUGACCGCUUGAAGUGGAUUGCCUGCAACAACAAAGGCUACUACACACAGAUCUCUACACUGGCCGAUGCCCAGGAGAAUGUGAUGGAGUAUCUACAUGUGCUCAGCCGCCCCAUGGUCAUCAACCACGACCAUGACAUCAUCUGGACAGAGGCUUAUAUGGACAGCAGGCUCUUCACCUCAGAAGCCCAAAGCCUGAUGCUCCUCACCACGGUGGCCAUGCCAGUCUUCAGCAAAAAGAACGAGACGCGAUCCCAUGGCAUUCUCCUGGGUGUAGUGGGCUCUGACGUGACCCUAAGAGAGCUCAUGAAGCUGGCACCCCGAUACAAGCUUGGGGUACAUGGAUAUGCCUUUUUGAACACAAACAACGGCUACAUCCUCUCUCAUCCUGACCUCCGACCUUUGUACAGAGACGGCAGGAAGCUGAAACCCAAACCCAACUACAACAGUGUGGACCUCUCAGAAGUAGAGUGGGACGACCAAGCUGAAGCUCUGAGAACUGCCAUGAUCAACGGGGAAACAGGUUCUCACUCCAUGGACGUGAAGGUGCCACUGGACAAAGGGAAACGUGUUCUAUUCCUGACUAAUGACUAUUUCUUCACGGACAUCAGUGACACACCUUUCAGCUUGGGAGUGGUGCUGACCAGGGGCCAUGGAGAAUACAUCCUCCUAGGAAAUACAUCUGUGGAGGAAGGCCUGCAUGACUUGCUUCAUCCGGAUCUGACCCUGGCCAGCGACUGGAUCUAUUGUAUCACAGAUAUCGACCCAGACCACCGGAAACUCAGCCAACUGGAAGCUGUGGUCCGCUUCUUGACAGGGAUGGAUCCAGGCCUGGAGUGUGACGAGGAGCUGGUACGGGAGGUGCUGUUUGACGCAGUGGUGACAGCCCCCAUGGAAGCCUACUGGACAGCACUGGCACUCAACAUCUCUGAAGCAUCAGAGCCUGGCGUGGAUGUGGCCUUUCUGGGGACCCGGGCUGGUCUCCUGAGACAAAGCUUGUUUGUGGGCUCUGAGAAAAUCUCUGACAGGAAGUUCCUGACACCUGAAGAUGAAGCCAGCAUUUUUACCAUGGACCACUUCCCGCUGUGGUAUCGUCAGGCCUCUGAGCAGCCCCCAGGCAGCUUUGUCUUCAAUCUUCGCUGGGAAGAGGGGCCAGAUAGCCCGGGCAAGCCAGUGGCAAUAAGGGCCAGCACUUCGAUAACUGUGACAGUGGAUGGGAAGACAGCCAUUGCAGCAGCUGUGGGCAUCCAGAUGCAAGUGGACUACCUCCAGCGCCAGUUCUGGGCAGCCAUGAAACAGUGCAGCACUGAGGAGGGGCCAUGCCCGAAGAGCUGUGAGGACACUGAUCUGGAUUGCUUCAUCAUAGACAACAAUGGCUUCAUUCUGAUCUCAGAGAGACCCCAAGAGUUCUUUGACACAAGCCCACAGCUGUGCAUAACCCCCAAGAGGAACUUCAUCGGAAGGCAUGUGCUCAAUUCGGCUAGCAGCUUCCGAGCCCCGGGCCUCCAGGUGCCUGGAUUAGAGCUGACGCUGACCGGGGUCCUGGCCAAGGACCGUGACUGGCGGUGCAGCCUGGUCUCCUGUGGGCCAGCUCAAGGGUUGGAAGAUGGCCAUGAGUGUAAGGAGUGGCAGAGGGUGCCAGGUGGCUUGGGGGAAGUGGACAGUGCUCUCAUGAUACAGCUUCUCAGCACGGGGGUGUUCAGCCGUGUGACCAUGUAUGACUACCAGGCCAUGUGCAAGCCCCCAGACCAUCACCACAGUGCAGCCCAGGCCCUGAUCAGUCCUCUCUCUGCCUCCUUGAUGGUGGUCAAGUGGCUACUACAUGAAUUCCUGCUGUUCCUGCUACAUUGGAGUGCCUGGGGAUCUUGGCAUGACAAAGGGUCGGAGGCCAAGGCUGUCUUUCAUCACUCUCACAAGCAUAAAAAGCAGGACCUGCUGCACCCCUGUGACACAGAAUACCCCGUGUUUGUGCACCAGACAGCCAUCCAGGAGGCCAAUGGGAUUAUCGAGUGUGGGGCCUGCCAGAAGACAUUCGUGAUGCAACAGAUUCCCAGCAGCAACCUGCUCCUCCUAGUGACAGACUGUACCUGUGACUGCAGCAGCUACUCUCCCAUCCUCCAGGAGGCCACAGAAGUCAAAUAUAAUGCCUCUGUCAAAUGUGACAGGAUGCGCUCCCAGAAGCCCCGGCGGCGACCAGGAUCCUGCCAUGCCUUCCAUCCAGAGGAGAAUGCCCAGGACUGUGGUGGCGCUUCGGACACUGUAGCUUCACUCCCUUUGCUCCUGCUACCACUGUGGGCCUGGCUGCUUCCAUACCAGCUUCUGUGGUGACUCCAUCCCAUCCAACUUUCACAGAAGUGGACCCUUAAAGAGACAUCCUAAAAAGUCACCAGCUGAAGAGAGCCCAAUUCACAGCAGUUAGGGUGUCUCUUGGGUUUCAGUCCUGGGCUACCACCAGUUUCUGCCUCUUAGAGAUUGUUGGAAGGAUCCCCAAGGCUCUCCAGGGUGCUGGGUACUUCUACUUUUGUCUCUGCUUCAGGGCCCCCCCAACAAGAGUUCAACUGGAAGAACAGAAGUUCCUGUAAGUGGGAACCAGCCAAAGGGGAGAGGGUGUUUCACUGGCUAUUCUACUGCAGAUCUGAGUUCUGGAGACCAGGAUUGAGCAGUGAGGUCCUUGCAGAGGUUGUGGCAAGAGCACGGUCACCACAAACACCAGUCCUUAGGGAGUGCAAAGGAGGACAGGCAGAGGGAGAGACAGGAAGACUCGGACCAGGACAAGGAGGGAAUUAAUGGAAAAGAGAUAAUAGGACCAGAAUCGCCACUAAGUCCUGUGAAGUGUCAUCAGAAUGCUACCACUGAAGAACUAAUAACCAGAAGGGGGGGGGGGUAUGUGGGAUCGUCUUGAGGGAGAAAAGGGAAGGGAAAAAUGUUAAAAAUCUAAUCUCAAAAAGGGAAAAAGAAAAAGCUACUAGGCUGAGCCCUGCAGCUGCUGCACUGGACAACAGUGUGGUCCAGAGGAGGCACUGAGAAAAGCAGAGCCAGGCCGAGGUCCUCAUGGACCUCACUAAGGUAGGGUGUGGGUGAGGAGGUCUCCAAGACCAUAAUGGGCUUUUUGUGUGGCUCAUGCUCUACAAAAGUAACUACUUGACUGUCUCUGGGGAAAGCCCUUGAGGUUGGAAACACAUAUAAUCCUUGCCACAAUGCCCUGAAGUUCAUCCUAGAAUGUACCUGCCCUUGUGUGUCAUGUGUGAUGUAUGAAACUGUGCAUGUGUUUGUGGACCUGUUUGUGCACAGAUGCAGAGCCCAGAGGAUUGUGGUGGCUGUCCUCCUCACCUGCUCCCACCUUAUUUCUUAAGAUAGGGUCUCUCACUAAACCUGGGGUCCUCCAAUUCAGCCACACGAGCUGGCCCUAGGGAUCCUUCUGUCACCACCUCCCCAGUGCUGGGAUUAUAGUAUGGCCCUGCUUUCCCCCCAACUGUCUCAAGGGUUUGGGGAUCUAACUUGGGUCCUCAUACCUCACUAGCCAAGCCUCUCAGGCCCCAUGAUUUACCCAUCUUUUAAAUGAGGAAACUAAGCCCAGUACAGCAGCAAAUACCUUUAGUCCUCAAUAAAAAGCUUCAACACA